ACUCCUCCCUCCUCUCACCUGAAAUCAUAUUUCAACUGCCACUAACUCCUCCUCUCUUCCCUUUCUCUCCGCUUUGAUUCUACUUACUCACUCCUCCAUUCUCCUCGUCAAUUUCUUUUCUCCAAACCCUAUACCCAAUUCCCCAUCUAUUACUAUCAUAAACAAUUCGUAUCUAACCGAGCCGUAUAUUCGCCAAUCUCCCCCCUCAAAGAUACACGACCAUGCCUUCCGCUGUGAAACCCCCGCAGACCCUCUACGAUAAGGUCUUCCAGGACCACGUCGUUGAGGAAAAGGAAGAUGGCACAGUCACUCUUUACAUCGACAGACAUCUUGUUCACGAAGUGACAUCACCACAAGCUUUUGAAGGCCUCCGAAACGCAUCAAGAAAAGUGCGAAGACCAGACUGCACUCUCGCGACCGUCGACCAUAACAUCCCCACUUCUUCAAGAAAGAACCUCACCACCACCGACAAAUUCAUCGAAGAGGCCGACUCACGGACCCAAGUAACCACUCUUGAGGACAAUGUCAAGGCUUUCGAUCUCACAUAUUUCGGCCUCGAUGAUAAGCGACAGGGCAUCGUCCACAUCAUCGGCCCCGAGCAAGGUUUCACCCUUCCCGGAACCACCGUCGUCUGCGGUGACAGCCAUACCUCCACCCAUGGCGCAUUCGGCGCUCUCGCCUUCGGCAUUGGUACCAGCGAGGUUGAGCAUGUUCUCGCCACCCAGACCCUCAUCACCCGGCGGAGUAAGAACAUGAAGGUGCAGGUCGAUGGAGAGCUCGGCCCAGGUGUAAGCAGCAAGGACGUCGUCCUCCACAUAAUCGGUGUCAUCGGAACUGCCGGAGGUACCGGUGCUGUCAUUGAGUUCUGCGGUUCCUCAAUUCGUGCGUUGAGCAUGGAAGCCCGCAUGUCCAUGUGUAAUAUGUCCAUCGAGGGAGGAGCACGAGCUGGCAUGGUCGCUCCCGACAACACUACCAUCGAAUACCUCAAGGGCCGUCCCCUUGCUCCCAAGGUUGACUCUCCGGAGUGGAAGAAGGCUGUCAACUACUGGCUCAGCUUGAAGACUGAUGAAAACGCCAAGUUCGACAUCGAGGUCUACAUUGACGCUAAGGACAUCGCUCCUACGAUCUCAUGGGGAACCUCGCCUCAGGACGUUGUUCCUAUCACCGGAAAGGUCCCCGGACCCGAGGAUUUCCAGGACGAGGUCAAGAAGGAGGCUUGCGUGCGAGCACUCAAGUACAUGGGUCUCACGGCCGGAACUCCCAUGCAGGAAAUUCUACUCGACAAGGUCUUCAUCGGAUCUUGCACGAAUGCACGCAUCGAGGAUCUCCGUGCCGCCGCACGUAUCGUCGACGGAAAGAAGAUCGCAAAGAAUAUCAAGCGCGCCAUGAUCGUUCCCGGAUCGGGUCUCGUGAAGACGCAAGCAGAAAAGGAGGGUCUCGAUAAGAUCUUCGAGGAUGCAGGAUUCGAAUGGAGAGAAGCAGGUUGCUCGAUGUGCCUUGGAAUGAACCCUGACAUCUUGUCCCCCGGCGAGCGCUGCGCUAGUACCUCGAAUCGUAACUUUGAAGGUCGUCAAGGAGCUGGUGGCCGAACCCAUUUGAUGUCCCCAGCCAUGGCGGCCGCUGCAGCCAUUGUAGGAACCCUUGCCGAUGUCCGCAAGAUUGCUCCCCAGUCCAUCGCUCCAGCCAAGGGAUCUCCAAAGAUCGAACUCGAUGCACACAUGGAGGAUAUCAGCAGCGACGAGGACCUUGACCGCAUCAUCGACGCCCCUGUCGACCCGGUGUCUGUCGCCCCCAAGUCCGCACCCUCAGCUUCUGCCUCCGCAGGCAUGCCCAAGUUCGAGGCCCUCCGCGGAUACGCCGCCCCCAUGGACGUAGCCAACAUCGACACAGAUGCCAUCAUCCCCAAGCAAUUCCUCAAGACGAUCAAGCGCUCAGGUCUCGGCUCCGCACUCUUCCACGCUUGGCGCUACGUCCCUGGUGGCGACCAAGAGUCUCCCGACUUUGUUCUCAAUAAGGAGCCGUACCGCAACUCCAAGAUCCUCGUCUGCACAGGUCCUAACUUCGGCUGCGGUUCGAGUCGAGAGCACGCUCCUUGGGCACUCCUCGACUUUGGCAUCAAGUGCAUCAUCGCCCCCUCUUUCGGUGAUAUCUUCUUCAACAACACCUUCAAGAACGGCAUGUUGCCCAUCCGGAUAGACGACCAGGCUGUUCUCGAGAAGAUCGCAGCAGUCAGCAAGGAAGGCAAGGAACUCGAGGUUGACCUCGUCAACCAAGUGAUCCGCAACGCCUCCAACGGCGAGCAGCUCGCCUCUUUCGACGUCGAGGAGUUCCGAAAGCACUGCCUCGUCAACGGCCUCGACGACAUCGGCCUAACCAUGGCCAGCGUCGACAAGAUCGAGCAGCACGAGGCGAGACGCACGCGCGAGUGGCCCUGGCUCGACGGCAGUGGAUACCUCGCGCGUCACCGCAAGGGCCCAGUCAAGAUCGAGGCCCAAAGCGUCCCCAAAACGAACAGAGGCGAGAUCGUCAAGGAGCCGCUUGACUGGUAAACUCCAGCCACCUCUUCCUUCUCUCUCCCCCCCUCUCUCUCUUUCUUCUUCGACUCUAUCACGAAUAACUCUUAUCAUGCAAACGGUUCUUCUAAAUGGGUGGGGAGAUAAUGUUCACAAAAGUUUCAUAUGAUGAAAAUCAAAGGUUCUUAUCUUUUGGGGAACCUCCAAUGGCGUUGUUUUUCUUACGUAGUCCUCUCUUACACACUCACGCACGCGCAUGCCUGUUUGUUUGUCUGGUUCGAGAUACUCAACAAUAUUACAAUAUUGCCA